AUGAUUACAGGAGCCAAAAACAUUUCAAAGACAUUAAUUAGAUAUAUCAAUGAUAAAUAUUCAAGUUGUGAUGUUCAAUACUCCGCAGUUUUCUUUAGAGAUAUGGCAAUGGCAAGAUAUGUUGGUCACACACUAUGGAAUUACCCUGACAUUUUUGAUUUUCAAUCAUCUAAUUUCUUUAGUCCAGAUCGUUUUGAUUAUGUAUCAUGCGGAGGUGGAGCAGGAGAUGGACCUGAAGAUUGGGUUCAAGCAUUUGAUGGAGUUCUUGGAAUGAAUUGGAGAUCAAAGUCAAAGAAAAUCAUGAUUAUGAUUACAGAUGCAAGUUGCCAUGGAAAUAGUUUUGAUUCAAAAUUAGAUUAUACGAAAAGAGUAAAUGAUUGA